CGACCUCCGCUGGAAGAUGAACGGGACGCGGAGCUGGUGUACCUUGGUGGACGUGCACCCGGAGAGCCAGACCGCGGAAAGCGUGGACAUUCUCAGGCUGACUCUCCAGAGUGAACUGACAGGAGAUGAACUUGAGCACAUAGCCCAGAAGGCGGGCAAGAAGACCUAUGCCAUGGUGUCUGGCCACUCCUCAGGUCAUUCUCUGGCUUCAGAACUGGUGGAGUCCCACGAUGGCCAUGAAGAGAUUAUUAAGGUGUACUUGAAAGGGAGGUCUGGGGACAAGAUGAUCCACGAGAAGAACGUCAACCAGCUGAAGAGUGAGGUCCAGUACAUCCAGGAGGCCAGGAACUGCCUGCAGAAGCUCCGGGAGGAUAUAAGUAGCAAGCUUGACAGGAGUCCAGGAGGCCCCCUGCAUCAGCAGGAGAUACAGGUGGUACUAGAAAAGCCAAAUGGCUUUAGUCAGAGUCCCAUGACUCUCUACAGCAGCCCACCUGAGCUGGACCCCAGCAUGAGUGAAGAUGUUGAGAGCUUGAAGAAGACUGUGCAGGGGUUGCUUGCCAAGCUGCGGGAGGCUGAGCAGCGACACCAGUCAGACCGUGUGGCUUUUGAGGUCACACUCAGCCGGUAUCAGCGAGAAGCAGAGCAGAGCAAUGUGGCCCUUCAGAGAGAGGAGGACAGAGUGGAACAGAAAGCAGCAGAAAUCGGGGAGCUGCAGAGGCGUUUGCUGGGGAUGGAGGCGGAGCAUCAGGCCUUACUGGUGAAAGUCAGGGAAGGAGACAUGGCCCUAGAAGAGCUUCGGAUCAAGAACGCUGACUGUCAAGCAGAAAGAGAAAAGUCUGCUUCUCUAGAAAAGGAAGUGGCUGGGUUUCGGGAGAAGAUCCACCACCUGGAUGACAUGCUGAAGAGCCAGCAGCGGAAAGUUCGGCAGAUGAUAGAGCAGCUCCAGAAUUCAAAAGCUGUGAUCCAGUCAAAGGAUGCCACCAUUCAAGAGCUCAAGGAGAAAAUUGCCUAUUUGGAGGCUGAGAACUUAGAGAUGCAUGACCGCAUGGAGCAUCUAAUAGAGAAGCAGGUCAGUCACGGAAACUUCAGUACACAGACCCGGGCCAAGACAGAGAACCUGGGCAGUGUCAGGAUAUCGAAGCCCCCCAGCCCUAAGCCUCUGCCUCUCAUCCGAGUGGUGGAAACCUGAGCUGCCAGGAGAUGGAUGCUGCCAUUGCAGUCGCCUCAGUCUUGCAGAGAAGCCCUCCACCCUGAGAUGGUUGAUACUGACUCUGACUUCCUGACUAUCCUGGUGGCCCCAGGUCUCGGGCUCCUGCCCCAGGCUCCUCUCCGCUGCUUGCUGGCAGAUGGUCAGGAGCACAGUCUCCGGACACUGCAGACCUUGGGAAGACAGACUCCUGCUAGCAGGAACGGAGCAAUAUCCUUAUUCUCAGUUAGUGUUUUUCCAUGCAACAGAGCUUCCCUGCUGUAUGCACUGGAAUCUGGCUGCCCAAAAGCCAGGCCCUCAUCAAGUCCAGAGAAGUGACAAAAUUCAUCUCAGCCCCAAAAGCUAGAAGCACAGAUGCACAGUGAUUGGAGCGUGUCCUGGGGGAACAAAGUUCCUUCUGCAAACACAGCUCGGUUCUUAGCAACAAACUGUUUGCUUUUCCAUUUGGCUCCACCCUUGUGCCAUGCUGACCAGGGCCUUUUACAGGCAGCCAAUGGGGCUAGCUGGUCUUAGCCAGGGAACCUUGCCUACUAGAUAGCCUUGCCUUUUGGGGGACAAAGGAAUGUAUACUCCGGCAGCAGUUUUAGUAGGUGGAUUCUCUAGGGCUGUGGAAGCUCCCCAUCUGUGGGUUUUCCCCUGCGGUGUCCUGAGAGGCACACCUCAGUCUUCCUAACGCAGAGCUGAGAACUGCUACUAUAUAACAGCAGAGCUGAGAACUGCUACUAUAUAACAGCAGAGCUGAGAACUGCUACUAUAUAACAGCAGAGCUAAGAACUGCUACUAUAUAACGCAGAGCUGAGAACUGCUACUGUAUUUAUUUUGCUAAGUUAUUGCUGGUUUUGCUUACAUCUUAUAUUUGGUUUAGUGCCAGUGUUCUUCAGCCUUCUGCUAGGGUAUUUGGGUUUACCUGGACAUGGGGAAAGCAUUCUGCUUGGCCUGGUUGGUUUCACAGUGUCAUGCUAAUUCCUCAUGACAUCCCUCUAGCUGCUGCUUUUCCCUUCUUUCUCCAGAGUGGACCUGGAACUCAGGAGGCUCGUGUGCGUGCCUGGGUGUGUGCUGUUUGGGGAAUAGGGCAGUCAAGAUUGUUUGGGAGGCCGGUUCUUCUCAUCUCUCUGAACCUUUCCACCCCUAACAACCUCCAUCCCAGCCCUGAAUGACCCUGCAGCUCGUCGUGUUCCCUGUAGUGUGGUGUGGUCUAGUAGCCUCGAGAGUAUUCACGCAUCUGAGUGUGGGACCAUAGGAACAGGUUCAGUUUUAGAUCUGCUUGGCUCACAACCAGAAGCCUUAAGUCUGUGUGUUUCUGUGCCAGGACUGGACCCAGAGGCUGGCUUUGUCUGUACUUCAGGCGGAAUGAGGGGUUGAACGUAAUCCCUUCAAAUUCUUUUCUUGUCUGUAACACACACAGUCUUUGUAUGGGACUUUAAUAAAUUAUGCUAACAUGUCUCUUU